UAAAGUGUAAACGGAAGUAAACAGUGACCAAGAACAAUUUCCAUGUUAGUGUUUUUAUUGUUGUUAUUUAGACGUUUAUUAACACGCUGGAACAGAAAAUAUCACAAACCUACCACAGGCAGUGUGUAAUUCGCGUUGGAGACAGGACUUAGUUUAUAUGUUAUCUAGGUAACGUUAGCUUGCUAGUUGAUAACGUUAGCUAACGAUGGCUAACUGCAUGGUUUUUCACACUCAAAUAGCUUCCAUCAUGGAGGUGCUAGCGAAUGCAGCCGUGGCAGAGAUCUGUAAACUCAUAGACGACGAACAUGCAGUGUUUAGUUUGGAAAUAACUAAAAGCCAGACAGAAAACAGGGCAUUGCAGAAGAAACUACAGCUACUCGAACUGAAGGUAUCACGGGAGCGCGUCCUUGCCAGUCGUCCCAGUAGUGUCAAGAUCCUCGACCGAUACAGAGGAAUGGCAAGAGGUGAAGGACAUCUCACUGGAGGCCACAGGAGCUUUGUGAAGCCAGCGGUACACAAUACAUGGAGAGAUGAUCAACCAAUCACUGUUGAUGAGGGGAGUGGAACCUCAAUCCAGCAUGUUAUUUUGAUAGAGUCUACAGAUGCAGAGGCUGCAGGUCCUGGAGGAUCGUCUCUGGUCAAGCAGGAGAAGACUGAAAGAACGGCUCCUUUAGCCACAGAGAACCCCAUCACCGCCCCAGCGCUGCCCAGGACCCGAUGCAGCAUCGGGUCAGUGGAAUACCGAACGUCGUCAGAGAUGGACCCUGAGACUUUAACUGAAACCCACAGGCUCUUGCACACAGGAUAUGACCACAGAUCAGAUCCAGAGAGACUGGGCUGUCCUCCAGCUCCAGGCUCAGAGUACUUACCUGUAUUUCACCAGAGCCAGAGGAUGGUUCAUUGCCGUGGAGAUGGUGAUGAUAAUGCACUAGACACGGGCGGUGAUGACCUGUCUUGUUCUUACGUGACAGAAAUGGACGCUGGCAACAUAUCCUUGGGCUUAGAGAGACAGACUGAUCUGUCUAGAGGGGACUGGAACCAGUACAGUAGUAGUGUAUACUCUGAAGGGUGCCAAGACAAGAAAGUGGAGGUUAUAGUGGUAGAUGAAGUGACUGUGAAAGUGGAGGGCGACGCUCCUCCCACAUGGAAUGCAGAUAGUCAUCUAGGAGACGGACAGUCCCAGGGCAGAGAUUCCUUAGAUUACAGGGAAAGCUUAGAGACCAAUCCAAAUGUUGCGACCCACUCUCCUUUACAUUCGCUCAGGGAUCGCGACCCAGUGUCCACGUCAGUGGGGCCUUGCGAUUCACAAGUCCUUUUCGAUCAGGUAUUGAACUCAAACGAGAAGGCUAGAGACCAGGCUCAGGGAGGGGGAGCCACAUCAAGCAAUAGUAAAGAGAAACGGUUCCUAUGCAUGUUCUGUAACAAAGGCUUCAGCUGCCUCCAGAAGGUGAAAAUCCAUCAGAGGGUCCACACAGGGGUGAAACCCUACAGCUGUAGCCAGUGUGAGAAGAGGUUCUCCCAGACUCGUGACCUGAAGAGGCACCAGAGGGUCCACACAGGGGAGAAACCUUACAGCUGCCCCCAGUGUGAGAAGAGGUUCUCCCGCCAGGACAAUCUGAAGAUACACCUGAAGGUCCACACGGGAGAGGGGCAGUUCGCCUGUACGCAAUGCGGGAAGAAGUUCACAGAAAGAAGCUACCUCAGGAUACACCAGCAGAAAAACCAUCCCACUCUAUUAACAUAAAAUUGUAACCAUUCCACUUGAUAACUUCUGAAGUUUAGUUCAAACCCUGCAUUAAAGGGUAGGUAAGCAUAACAAUUCAACCAAAUGUAACAUAUGGAAUUGCAUUAGUAUACGCAUCAAAAGUCCAAAUGCAAAGUUACCUCACUUUUCUAUUUUUCAAGUUAUUACAUAAAACCCAUCAGAAUGCCGAAGUCAUGCCGGAAGUUGUUUUUGCGCGGUGUGACGUAAUAUGGAGGCCCCAGGCAAGCCACCCUAUUCUCCAUAAUGUAAACUCCAACAGAAAUAACUAAACCAUAUCAUUUACACUCAUGAUUACUGGUUUCAAUUACAUUUGAAACCAGUAGUCAUCGGCCAGAUUACAAGCAAAUACUUUGAAUUUGUUACAAAUCAGCUUGCAAGGUUGCUAGCCAACUAGCCUGCUAACGUCGGUAGUGUAAAGUACUUAAGUAAAAAUACUUUAAAGUACUACUUAGGUAGUUUUUGGGGUAUCUUUACUUGACAUUUUUUACUUCACUAUAUUCCUAAAGAAAAUAAUGUACUUUUUAAUAAUGUACUCUUCACUGACACCCAAAAGUACUUGUUACAUUUUGAAGGCUUAGCAGGACAGGAAAAUGGUCCAAUUCACGCACUUAUCAAGAGAACAUCCCUGGUCAUCCCUACUGCCUCUGAUCUGGUGGACUCACUAAAAACAAAUGCUUUGUUUGUGAAUUAUGUCUUAUAGAGAGUGCCCCUGGCUAUCUGUAAAUUUUAAAAACAAGAAAAAUGUGCAGUCUGGUUUGCUUAAUAUAAGGAAUUUGAAAUUAUUUAUACUUUUACUUUGGUACUUAAGUAUAUUUUAGCAAUUACAUUUACUUUUUAUACUUAAGUAUAUUUAAAACCAAAUACUUUGACUUUUAUUCAGUAGUAUUUUACUGACUUUCACAUUAAUAUAGACCACAGUUUUGGAAACACUUAAUGCCAUCUAACCGGCUAUCAAAUCAUGUUACCAGUACAUGCAGCAGGGGAGGGCCAUCCUCCUCAGUGAAAUUUCAUAAAAAUAAAAAGUGAAACAUUAUAAAGUUAUUUUUUUCAGAUACAACUAUACUAAUUAUAUUCAUAUGUCAUCAAAUAAUUGAUUAAAACGCAGGUCUUUUGUAACCUCAACAGCACUUUCUGGGGAAGAACCAUGGUGUAGCCGGAGGACAGCUAGUUUCCGUUUUCCUCUGGCUAGAUUGACUUCAAUACCCCCCUUCCAUAGACCUACAUGGUAAUUAUGAACACUUCCAGAGGAUGACCUCCAACCAAUCAAAGAUUUUGCAGUAUGAACUGACAUCUUAUCUAUCCAAUCAUAGGAUUAUGAUCAGAGAAUGAACCUAGUGUGUUGUAUUGGGGUUGUGAUGCAGAGCAUUCUGGGGGGUUCUGUGUGUCGAGAAGCUUGGUGACAUUAUUGGAUAGAGAUUGAGAGUAAAAAGGGAUAGCAAGGCCAAUUGAAAUAACUUGCACUAACUGGACAAUAAUACAGUUCUAAAACCAAGAAAACAAUUUCAAAUCUACCUCCUUCUCCUGUAAUUUGAAAAAAUUAAUUUGAAUUGAAUAAUAUCAAACUUCAGAAUCAAGUAGCAGUAGCUAACUAGCUACCAGCACAAGCAUGCAGUUUUCGUCAGCAGAAUGGCUAACGCUACCGAAAAUGUUGUGGACUUUUUGUUGAAGAACCACUUUCGUUCUCUGGGGUACACAGAAAAGGUGCGAAUUAAAACAAAGGGUCGACCUCUGCCUGAGAACAGUUUCAUGAAGAAGGAUGAAAUGGUGAGGGCGUUCAAUACCAAUUGGUAUCAAAUGUGCAGCAGGUUAACAGAGAGGGAGCCUUCCAUCAAGCCACCUGUAUUGCUGACCUUGCCUGCUUUUUGGAAAGUCAGAGCCUUGUGCGAAAGGGGGUACAGUGACCUGAAGAAAAUCAAUCAAAUGUAUUUAUAAAGCCCUUUUUACAUCAGCCGAUGUCACAAAGAGCUAUACAGAAACCCAGCCUA